CGCGCAACACAGCGGCCGCGGCAUUGAAGUGGUGGUGGCGGGGGGUGUGCUCGUCCGGCAGGGCGGUUCCCGCAGUCGCUUCCCGGGGUGCCCGGGCUGAGGAUCUCAGGAAGGGGCCAGGAGAAUGUGUGUGUGCCCCGGGCCCAGGCGCAUCGCAAUUCCAGUCCGAAGCUCCAGGCUGCCACUGUUAUCUGAUGCCAUGCCAGCACCAACUCAUCUGUUCCCAUUGAUUCGUAACUGUGAGAUUAGCAGAAUAUGCAGUACUAUGUGCUACUGCCACCAUAAACAUCUGUGUUGUUUAUCGUCUCAUUUUGCUCACGGUCACUUCAGAUAUGCACCUCAGAAGAAAUUUGCAGCACUCUAUAGGCCAAAGGAGAACUUCUAUCAGUUUAUUCACGCGAGGGAUUAUGCUUCUACACCACAGAGGUUUUACCUCACUCCUCCGCAGGUCAACAGCAUUCUGAAGGCAAAUGAAUACAGUUUUAAAGUCCCAGAGUUUGAUGGUAAAAAUGUAAGUUCUGUCCUUGGCUUUGACAGCAACCAGUUGCCUGCUAAUGCUCCAAUAGAAGACCGGAGGAGUGCUGCCACUUGCUUACAGACAAGAGGGAUGCUUCUGGGUGUGUUUGAUGGCCAUGCAGGUUGUGCUUGUGCUCAAGCUGUCAGUGAAAGACUGUUUUACUACAUUGCUGUCUCCUUGUUACCUCAUGAGACUUUACUUGAAAUAGAAAAUGCUGUGGAAAGUGGUAGAGCCCUCUUACCUAUUUUACAGUGGCACAAGCACCCCAAUGAUUACUUCAGCAAAGAAGCUUCCAAGCUUUAUUUCAACAGUUUAAGAACUUACUGGCAGGAGCUCAUUGAUCUCAAUAGUGGAGAGACUACAGAUGUGAAAGAGGCUUUAGUUAAUGCUUUUAAGAGGCUCGAUAACGAUAUUUCUCUGGAAGCUCAAGUAGGAGACCCAAAUUCUUUUCUCAACUACUUAGUACUAAGAGUAGCGUUUUCUGGUGCAACGGCCUGUGUAGCCCAUGUGGAUGGUGUUGACUUGCACGUGGCAAACACAGGAGACAGUAGGGCCAUGCUUGGAGUUCAGGAGGAGGAUGGAUCUUGGUCUGCAGUUAAUCUCUCCUAUGACCACAAUGCGCAAAAUGAACGUGAAGUGGAACGUGUGAAAACAGAGCAUCCAAAGUCUGAAGAAAAAAGCCUUGUGAAACAAGAUCGUCUCUUAGGCCUUCUGAUGCCUUUCAGAGCUUUUGGUGACGUGAAGUUUAAGUGGAGUAUUGAACUGCAGAAGAGAGUAGUUGAAUCGGGCCCAGAUCAGCUAAAUGACAAUGAAUAUACAAAGUUUAUUCCUCCAAAUUAUCACACUCCACCAUACCUCACAGCUGAACCAGAAGUCAUACAUCACAAGUUAAGGCCACAGGAUAAGUUUUUGGUUUUGGCCACGGAUGGGCUGUGGGAAACUAUGCACAGGCAAGAUGUGGCUAGAAUUGUUGGGGAGUAUCUCACCGGUGUUCACCAUCAAGAGCCGAUAGCUGUCGGUGGUUAUAAGGUAACUCUGGGACAGAUGCACGGUCUCUUAACAGAAAGAAGAGCAAAAAUCUCUUCAGUUUUUGAAGAUCAGAAUGCAGCAACUCACCUGAUACGCCACGCAGUGGGCAAUAACGAGUUUGGCACUGUGGAUCACGAGCGGCUGUCCAAGAUGCUCAGUCUUCCAGAAGAGCUGGCUCGAAUGUAUAGAGAUGACAUCACAAUUAUCGUGGUGCAGUUCAACUCGCAUGUUAUAGGUGCAUAUCAGAAUGGGGAACUGUGAAUUUUAAUGUAGUGAACUACUUACCAAAGCUGUAACAAUGGCCAGUAUGAGCAGCAGAUGGGAAAAAGACAAAUUCAAUAAGCAAAGAAAUUUCUUGCUUGCUAGAUUUAAUGUAUCUAUUGUUUCUGCCUUCCCCCAGAGCUCUAAAUACAGGAGAAGUGCUAUUGACCUAAUAUAAACUUGAAGAGGAUGUCUGGGAAAAGAGGUUUCUGUAAUAACUUUGCACUAUUGAUUUCAUGAAUGCUGCUAGAACAAUGCCUUGAAUUUGGCAGAUCUGGAUGAGGGAGGGAAGGAGGAUAAAGGAUUAAAUAUCAAGCAUCUGGUUGUUCAAGAAAAAGCCUGUUAACAUCUGAAAAUAUUCACACUCAUUUUUUAAGAGUAACAAGGAAUAUUGUUGCAAGAAUUCUCCCUGUAGGAAUUCAAAAUAAGUGUGGUUACCUGUGAGUAUAUUCUGUCAGCCUUUUCCUCUGAAUAGGAGGAUAACCAUGUAGUUCUUCAGUGUAACAAAGUUGUCUUGCUCUCAUAUAGACAAUGUCAUUCACUUAAGAAUAUUUGUUUAAGUGUUGACUUUCAAUGCAGGUCUAAGCCAUAAUCAGUACUUGAGAUUCUGUUAUUGCUUAAUUGUAUCCUAUACACAGUAACUUCUAAGUGUCCGUGCAUCAGUUGCUUCUUGGCUUGUAGGUUCUUGCACAACUUGUGGGGCAAUAAUACAUUACAACGUGCAGUAAGAUAUCAAGUAAAGUUGUGGAGGACCUCGGUGUGAAGAAAGUUUCAGACUCUUUAGAGAGUCAGCGUUGCUGGUCAAGACCAUUGUGUUUCCUAAAGGUCAUGUUCUUUAUGGACUCCAUCCCUGUCUGGUGUUUCUUAUCUAGGAGGAUAAAUUUUCACCUGAGAAGAUCAGGAAAUCAUUGCUAACCUCAUUGUGGCUUUGUAAUUUGCACUCAUUUUCUUUGGCUAUUUCAAAUAGUGACGUAUUGGAUGUUUUGCACUUGAACACAUAUUUGUAAGUAUGUCAGGUUGAAAACUACAGAUUACAAAAUGAAGUAUGGUUUGUAAGUAGAAUUUCAGUUGGGGAAGCCAACUGGCAUGCAUGUAUAUGUUUAAUGGCUUUUUCUAGCAACUUUAUUAGCAGCUUUUUAUCUCUGGACAGCUGGUGUAUGCAUGUUCUUACAGUCCAGAAUGUAUUAUCACAGCAGUCUCUUGGAUGAGUCUCUCUGGCUUGUGGUUGAAUUUGAACUUACAAGGUAGUGUCCUGGGCUGUAACUUGUGUGCCUAAAGUUGUUGGGCUCAUAACUGUAAAAAGUGGGAACUGACAACUAAUCUAAUGAUCAUCUUUGCAUCUGUUUUAGGUAUGUUGCAUUGUGUAGCUUACUCUUCAGCUGCCCUUACUUCAAAAACCCAAGUGCUAUCUGAAAUACCAGUCCCUGAUGACUGAUAGAACACUUGUAACUUGAUUCCUGUGUUCUGGAUAAACUCUUAAGCAGUGGUAGGUCAGCAUAUUUGAUUUCAUGGAGGUGUUUCAGUUAAAAUAACUUCCUAGCCUUCAACACAGCAAUUAAACAAACAAGCAAAAAAAUUAAAAACCUAGCUUACUUUGAGUAAUGUGCCAUUUUCCACUAACUAAAAAUAUUGCCAGUUAAAGCUACUAUUACAUACAGGAUAUUUAAUACUGACAGUGAUCCUGUGCUGUAGUAACAUUGGGUCCUCAAAUGCAGAAGUGCUGUGUGUACCUAGUGGCCUGCAGCUUUAACAUGUCUGCUUAUUUACCCAACUUUAAAAAACAAAAACAAAAAAAAACAACUUUGCAAUAAGGUUAUUGAUAUCUGAAGUUCACAUUGAAGAUGUGAACAACCCUUCUUUAUUUGAAGGGGAAUGGGGAACUCUAAAAUGCUUAGACUAGUACUGGCUUUUGACAUUGCUUCUAUGUUGUCUUCUGGUGACUAUCAUUAGCUAGGUCAAUAGACUUUGUUCUUCUAUCAUUCAAAUACAGUAUGUAUCUAAGCUGUUACAGUAUUUAACUUUCCUACUUUUUUUUUUUUUUUACUGUUAAAUCUCUAUUACAUGUAUUGAUGUGUUUAACCUAUGUUUCUUGAUAUGGAUCUGGGACAAGUCAUGGCUGGAAGGACUGACUGUUGGUUCCAUGUAUAGAACUUUUAUUGAGGAGAAGCUGCUUUUUGUAGUAAAGAUGCGUAUGUAUGGGGUCAGACAAUAGUAUUUAUGUGUUGCUUGGAAACUUGCUCAGUAUGUAUGCAGUGAAUAGAAAUAGCAUAACUGCCUGCUGAACAGGUGAUCUGAACAAACAUUUUAAUAGAUUCCAAUAAAAUGAUCAAUUAUGCAGAAA